AUGUUGGCGCUGGGAGUGGAGGGCUCGGCGAACAAGCUGGGCGUGGGCGUGGUGCGCAGCGACGGGAGCAUUCUGAGCAACCCGCGCUGCACGUACAUCACGCCGCCCGGCCAAGGCUUCCUGCCGCGCGAGACCGCCGCGCACCACCAGCAGCAAAUUCUACCGCUCGUGGCGCGCGCGCUUCGCGAGGCGGGCAUAGCCCCGGGGGACAUAGAUUGUCUGUGCUACACCAAGGGGCCGGGCAUGGGCGCUCCUCUGCAGGCUGUUGCCAUCGUCAUCCGCACUCUCGCCCAGCUAUGGGGAAAGCCCAUAGUGCCGGUGAACCACUGUGUGGCGCACAUCGAGAUGGGGCGCUGCGUGACUGGCGCCCAUGACCCCGUGGUGCUCUAUGUCAGCGGAGGCAACACUCAGGUGAUAGCCUACUCAGAGGGGCGCUACCGCAUAUUCGGAGAGACCAUCGACAUAGCCGUGGGCAACUGCCUGGACCGCUUUGCCCGCGUGCUCAACAUCUCCAACGACCCCAGCCCGGGCUACAACAUCGAACAGCUGGCGAAGCAGGGCAAACGCUACGUGGAGCUGCCCUACGUGGUGAAGGGCAUGGACGUGUCAUUCUCCGGCCUGCUCACGGCUGUGGAGGGCCUGGCACAGCAGGUUGCUGCGCCCGAUGCCGUGGGGGAGGAUGGCUACACCGCUGCUGACCUCUGCUUCUCCCUGCAGGAAACCAUCUUUGCAAUGUUAGUGGAGACGACCGAGCGAGCCAUGGCGCACUGCAACAAGCGCGACGUGCUUAUAGUGGGGGGCGUGGGCUGCAACAUCCGCCUGCAGGAGAUGAUGCAGCAGAUGUGCUUAGAACGAGGGGGGAGGCUCUUUGCCACAGACGACCGGUACUGCAUCGACAACGGCGCCAUGAUUGCCUACACUGGGCUGCUGGCGUUCCAGCACGGAGGUCUCAGCAUGACUGUUCCUGUAGCGGAAUCCACUUGCACUCAAAGGUUUCGGACUGAUGAGGUGGAGGCGGUGUGGAGGGAGGGGGAGGGGAGAAGGGGAGAGGGGAUGGAGGGGUUGGAGGGAGGAAGAGGAGGUGCGGGAGUGGGGGUUGCAGCAGGGGUUGGGGAUCGGAAGCACGGGGUUGUGAAUGGAGAUGGGUUGGGGAGUGGUGGGAAGGAGUGUGGAGGUGAGCAUGAGGGGUUGGGGGCGGUGGAUGAUGUGGCAGGGCAUUUGGAGAAGAAGCUCAAGGCAGGAGCAGAGGAGAGAAGGGAAGAGAAGGAAGAGAAGGCAACAAAGGAGGAGCCCACUCUUAUUGUGGUAGGCUAA